ACGGUCCGUUCGAAGUGUGUUUAUAUUACUCGUGACCUGUUCGUGCCUGAAGCAUUAACCGCCUUCGUUUGCUAUAGUUCGCCGAGGUACUAUAUUCAAUGUCGUGAUAUUCCCCCGUCCCGGAUUGCCGCACAAGGGCUCAGUCUGUGAAUGGUAUAAAAGUGAUGAGCCUGUCCGGCAAGUUUUGACAUGCUUUCUCAUGCAUCUCCAGCCAAGCGUCACUGAUUCCCAUUCCCUCAACCAAGUCCAAUCGCCAAUAUGAAGGUCACCGCCCUCCUCACCCUCCUUCCCUUAACCUCCGCCAAAGUCCUCUGGGACGGCCGCUUCAACGACUUCAAUUCCUCCUCCGACCUCAACAAGUGGUCCUGGUCCAACCAAGUCGGACCCUAUCAGUACUACAUCCACGGGUCCGGCGACGUAACGAAAUACGUAAACCUCUCGCCGUCCUAUAAGAACCCUGCCGACACGGCGUCAAAGCAAGGUGUAAAAAUCACGCUCGAUAGCACGGCCUACUGGAACGGCCAAAACAUGCGGCGCACCGAACUCAUUCCGCAGACAAAGGCCACCAUCAACUCGGGCAAGGUGUGGUACCACUUCAGCAUCUCCCGAAAGGAUGUCAACGCGCCGAGCAUCUUCCGCGAGCACCAGAUUGCGUUUUUCGAGAGCCACUUUACUGAGCUUAAGAGCGGAUGGAUUAGUGGCGAGUCGGCGACGAACAACACGAACUUGCAGUUUAUGGUGCAGCAGAAGAGUCUGUGGAAGACGGAGUGGAAGCCGGAUGUGUGGCACAACGUCGCCUACGAGAUUAACUUCUCAAGCGGAAGCGUCGGCUUCUGGCACUCCGAGGGUAGUGCCCCUCUGCAGCAGGUCGUGGCUCCAGUCUCUGCUUCGACGUCGUCCAACGGCGCGGACUGGCAUCUGGGCGUUCUCGAGCUUCCUCGUGACGGCUAUGCCGACACCAACGAGGACUUUUUCUUCUCUGGCGUCUAUGUGGAGGAUACUGCUAUCACGACCUCUGUCACUGGACCUGCCGCGUGAUGUAAAUCUAUUUCCUUCAUGGAACAGGAGUAGCGGUAAGAGCUGGCUUCGAGAAAGGCCGGAGAAGACGGCAACAUUGUACAUACUUCAUCCAUUCUUCAGUACAUAUCACUCGUUCAUAUUCACGUAUUCGCGUAUACAGAAUUGGAGAUUCAAGAUAUCUUGGUUCCUUAUGCAAG